GUGGUCUACACAGUAUGGCCGGCGAUAUUAGCUAGCACUCGCUAACUGUAUUCUCUGCAAAAGGGAAGACGGCAACUAAAGAAAAUCAACACCAGGAUUGCUUAAAGGACUGUACCUCAAUAAAUUAUAACCCGAUCGAGGAAGGAUUAAUUAAGCUGUAACACGUUACGACCGACGUUUGAUACUUUUUUUGUUUGGGUGUCUGUUGUCUCAUGAUGGAAGAUAACGGUGCACAUUUCUUCGAGGGGACCGAGAAGCUGUUGGAGGUGUGGUUCUCCCGGCAGGAUGAGACCAAAGGAACCGGGGACCUCCGUACCAUCCCGAGGUUUGAGUGGGACAAACUUUUGGAGAAUGUGCAUUGUUUGAUCAUAAGUGUGACAAAGUCUGACAAGCAGGAAGCUUAUAUACUCAGUGAGAGUAGCAUGUUUGUCUCCAAGAGACGUUUCAUUUUGAAGACAUGCGGAACCACCCUCUUACUGCAAGCACUGGUGCCUCUGCUGGAACUCGCCAGGGAGUACUGCGGUUUUGAUGCCAUCGAGAAUUUCUUCUACUCCCGCAAGAACUUUAUGAAACCAUCCCAUCAAGAGUUCCCUCAUCGAAACUUCCAGGAGGAAGUGGACUUUCUAAGCCAGAUAUUCCCAAAUGGCGCCGCCUACUGCAUGGGCCGUUUGAACUCUGACUGCUGGUACCUGUUUACCCUGGACUUACCAGAGUACUGGGAGAACAAGCAUGCGGAUCAGACGCUGGAAGUUCUGAUGAGUGACCUCGAUCCAGCCAUUAUGGACCAGUUCUAUAUGAAAGAUGGUGUUUCUGCAAGUGAUGUCACUCGUAUGAGUGGAAUUUGUGACCUGAUACCAGGUUCUGUGAUCGAUGCCACAAUGUUCAACCCUUGUGGAUACUCAAUGAAUGGAAUGAAGACUGACGGAACUUACUGGACCAUCCACAUCACCCCGGAGCCAGAGUUCUCCUAUGUCAGCUUCGAGACCAACCUCUCCCAGACGUCAUAUGAUGAUCUGGUCCGGAAGGUUGUGGAGGUGUUUAAGCCAGGAAAAUUUGUGACUACGCUUUUUGUCAAUCAGAGCUCCAAAUGUCGCAGUGUCUUUUCUUCAGCCCAGAAACUUGAGGGCUUCAAGCGUCUCGACCGCCAAUUGGCUCAAUUCAACGACUACAAUUUUGUCUUCACAAGCUACGCCCAGAACCGCCAGCAGAACCAGCAGAGCUGAGGGUCGACGAUGAAGAGGCGUAAAAAGAAAGGCGUCCGCUCUGGGCUCCCCCAGUGCGGCCGGCUUCUCCCCCCACAAGAGAGCUUGUCGUCGUCGUCCUCCUCCCCCCUCGUCGUCCUCCUCCCCUCCUCCCGCCGCUGCUGCUGUCGUCGUUCAGAUUGUCCCGGUGCUGACGCAGUCGCGAGCCCUAUUUUAACCUCCAGUUUGAGUUGUUUGCAUUGUUGUUCCUGUGACUUAGAUCUCUUGCAUGAAAGCUCUUUUCUCUGUUUCGAUAUUCUAGCUCACUCUUGCUGUGAUCUUGAAGUGCAUGUAGAGGAAUUAAACACGCUCUGUUUGAGGCUGUCCACCUGUGCCCAGUACCAUGGCCCCUUCCUGCAGGUGUCCCCCCUCAUCCCCCACAGACAAGGCUUCCGCCCGCACUAGGCCGGGGCCCUGACAUGCUCAGACCAGUGUCCGCCUCUUUCCCAGCUCAGCCGCCAUGAUCUCAAACCGACAACCGGUCUCCACCUCAUUUACACUUUCACAUUUGGAAAAUUGGUAUUUCUGAAUCUCUUCCGAUUUCUGAGUGCACUUUGAAACAAAACAAACGCCACGGUACGAAAAGACGGCCGACCUUUCUGUCUCGCGUCUUGAUUGAAUGUUUAAGUCACGCUAAGCUUUCUGCCACUGUAAUCGUUGUCGCUUCGUCCAAAAAAAAAACGAAUGCCAUACUUGCUGUUUAAUGUCCCACUGUGUGAUUAAAAAGGUCUGCAGUUAUUGACACGCCACUGACGAGAAGACUUGGUGCUUUGCUGGUCACCUGGACACGUUUGGCCGUGCUCCUCCUCCUCGACAAUCAUGUACACACUUCACUUUUUUCCCCCCUUUAUCCACCUAAUAACCAAAUCAGACGAUGUAUGACACUAAAGAUGUGAUCUCCUCCUGAGCGCCUUAACGACACUACACGGUUAGAAAAUGUGGGAUGAGAACUUUCACCAAUCAGAAAAUAUUUAAAUGAAAUUAAACUAAACACAGAGUUUGGGUCAAUACAGUUUAAAAAAAGGGAUUAUUAAAAGACACAUGUCGAUGGUUAAAGGUAAAGUGUUUCUGAGCAGGAGUAGGUAACAUGCAGACGACCAUGUGGUUUAUAUCGCCAUGUGAUUACUCGACGAGUUUUAAUAAACCACUCAGAAUCCUCCUUUUAUUCAGACUCAGUUAAACACACUUCAGAUUUCUCUCGGUAUGUUUCGGUCUACUUGGUCAUCACGCUGUAGGUACGGGGGCUUUACAGCAACAGAAACACAUUGAAAGUGAAAUGUUACACUUAUGGCGGUUCUCCCCUCCUGGUCCACGCGUUUCCCCAAAGACCCAAAGAGGCUUUUAAAACGGUCUGUGUUUGAAUCACUGAAGACAUUCAUGCUGUGCACUUUGUGUCACCUGCUGCGUCUAUAGGAAGCUUCCACCCUAUAGAACCUACACACACACAAAUUAACUCGUUAAAUUGAAUGUAGCACAGGCCUCUAUAAAGCCCCCCCCUGUCACACAACCGUCCUCCAUCUUUUGAAUGUACAUGUCUUUAGAGAAAAGUCUGGACUGAGUUUGAGCUGAAUGUACGACUCCAGGAGAGCACACGCCCCCCCCACCUCUCCCCCCCUCUCUCUCACACACACACACAUUUAGACGCUCACAAUGAUUGAGCAGCCAUUAUCCAGCUCACCCCCCCCAGACAUGACGAGAGCCGGCCCUGCUGGCUGGCCCCCCCCCCCCCCCACACUCUGCUCUGAAUGGGAAAUAAUGAAUCAGACACUUUUUGCUUAGUUGCCCAGCAAAGCAUUUUUCUUCUUGCCACAUUAUCUGAGCGUGUCUCUGUCUCUUUCCGCCCCAUACAGAAAACUGUAAGCGCACAAUAGAGGCGCGCCGGUCUGAGCAUGCCAGGGUGACCCCGGAUCAUUCCACAUGUAACCGCUGCAUAAAACUGCCGUUUUAUUACAUUUAUUGUGGCCAGACGGUUUUUGCAGUGGAUCAGUCCAAAAUGUGACUCCCCCAGCAGUUUUUUUUUCUUUUUGUUUGUUGCUCUUUGUCCAUGGAGGGGGAAACUCCUGUGACACCAUGGUGCAUGUGACUACUAGUGCCGUGUUGCUUGAGCGUGUCGUGUAGCGCCAUCUCUUCCUCCUUUCUGUCCAUGUGCUUCCAUCUUCCUCUUGUUUCACCAGCUCUCCUUCAAACUGCUGCAUCCUGAUGUGUGUUUUUUGGGGUUAGGUGGGGAUUCGUAUUAUUAUUAUUUUUUUGUUCCUUCAUUUUUUUUUCAAGUUGUGGACGAGUGCUGAAAGCAGGUUAAGUUUUUUAUUUAUUACUGAAGGUAACAAUCGUCCGAGGCUCGUCCUCUCCACCUGCCGCUGAGUUCUCCUUCACGACUCUUCUCCUGCCAGAGAACGCAGUCUGAAUCUGGACUCAGCCGGAUCAGAACCUGCUUUCAGCCCUGCAGUCGGGUUAACCUGCGAUGAUUGCAUCAGAACCUGCAGCCUGUGAGGCGCUCGGCGAGCUCGUCGGAACAGUUCACCUGAGAAUGCGCGCUGAAGUUGACACUGGAAUCGUUUCCUCUCUGGUGUGUCUGUCAUGGCAUUUUGGAGUGGUUUCAUUCUUUUCCCUGAGGACCAAUCUCGGCUCUCUCGUGAACUGUUCUGAACCGGUUGCCGUGACGAUCGUUACGGGUCCUUUUUAUUUUUGAGCCCGCACGUUUAGGGGGUGAAAUACUCGUAGCAGUGUGAUGCUAACUGUCCUCGGAGCAGGUUCUUUUUAGCCUUAGUGGUGUGCAUCAUUGCUAUAUUUUAUUUUUUUAUACAGUGAACUCAAAAAGCAUUUUUGCAGUUGAACGGUAAAAAGAGUUUUAUACAAAAAACAGAUUUUGUAUUUUUGCUGCGGACCAAUAUUCUCUUGUUUAUCUCCCCCCUUUUUGUCCAAAUGUUUUAAUUCUGUCGUUUGAAUCGAGUGUGUUCUGGGGUUAAGGGAUGAUUACCUUUUCAAUCUAAAUCAUGUUGUGUUUUUUUUAAUUACUUUUUCACUUUCUCUCUGAAUCACCUGAAAGGAAGGGAAAGUGAGAGAGGGGCGUGGGUGCAGGAUGACUCAGGAUGUACUGACGGAGAAACUUUGCUGUUCUAAUUCUUUCUUUUGCUGUUCUUUGGAUGGUCAAGAUGUGCUAAAUAUAUGUGCUACGAGCUUGAUGCUUCAAUAAAAAAAGAUACCUAUAUGUGCAA